AUGAAGGUUUUGGUAGUUAUUUUCGCCACAGUUCUUGUCGCUCAGCUAGCAGAUACUGGUGUUGUCGACCCUAACUCCAAUGACGUGAUAGAGGAGUAUCAAGACUUUCAAUACAUAGGAAAUAACAAUAUAGUAACUGAAGAUAUUCGAACAACUCUGAGAGCUUGCAACAAUGUGGCGUGUAACAACCUCUGCAGAAGACUUGGCUUCACAGUUGGUAGAUGCGUUGCUCCUAAUGUUUGUCGCUGUACGAGAUAG